AUGCAGAAGAAGCGCACGGGCAAGAGGCGGACGAAGCCGAGCAAGGAGGACGAGGAGCGCUCCGACGAGGACCACGACGACCAGAAGGAGAAGGCGCCGUCCGUCGGCGAGAGGAGGCGCCAAGGACGCGCCAAGAAGAGGGCCAGCGCCACCAAUGCUGGCAACGGCAGCAAGGAGGGCCAGCGUUCCGGAAAAGGGCCUGCGCCAUCGCCCGCCGAGCCGCUGAACCCGCUGCUGGGGCCGGUGACGCCCAGCGAUCCGAUCACCGUUGGGAUUGAUGCGUGGGUGAAGCAGACGUUGGCUACAGGAAUACUCGGGCUCAAAGCGCAAUGGGCCGACCUGAAGUCCUACCAGCCGACGAACAAGACGACGACCGCCUUUGCCGCCAACCCGGACAAGAAUCGAUACCCGGACGUGUCGUGCUACGAUGAUACGCGCGUCAAGCUGACGCCCGAGGGCUCGGCGUACUGGCCGGAGAAGCCGGGCCAGUUCCAGAACCACGGCCGCUUCUUCGUCGCCAACAAGAAGCUCGACGCCGACGACCACCGCUUCCAGGUGUUCACCAUCGAGCUGCUGCCCGACGGCUGCUCGAACAGUCGCAUGCUACGCCUAAUCCAAUUCACCCGCUGGCCGGACCACGGGGUCCCGUUGCGCGGCAAGACGGUGCUGCGCCUCCUUCGCAGCAUUGCUACGGUUGACUCGUGGAACCAGGGCAAAACGCUGCUGCACUGCUCGGCCGGCAUCGGACGCACCGGCACGCUGCUGGUCAUCGACUGGCUGCUGUGCAACCUCUACAAUGGCGGCUGUAGUGAUGUGACGCAGCUGGUGAAGCUUCUCCGCAGCCAGCGCGCCCACUCGAUUCAAACGGACCGCCAGUACAUCUUCAUCCACUCGACCGUGCUCGACUACCUAUGCACAAAAUAUCCGCAGCGGUACGCGGCCUGGGGCGCCGACACGUUCCUCGCCGAGGCGAAGAAGAUGAACCGAUCGCGUGAACCGGCCGCCACCGGGCCCUCGUCCAAGGAACCAACACCCGAAAUUCCCAAGGAGAUGAAAGCA